UGCACCCCUGCCAUGCAUCCCCAUCCCACCCCCUGCACUCCCAUCCCACACCCUGCACCCCUGCCAUGCAGCCCCAUCCCACACCCUGCCUGUUCACACGGAGACCCUGAGGCAACGCCUGCCCUCGGGCACCCCAAAAGCUCCUCCCGGGUGAAGCGGGGCUGCGCCGGGCCUGGCCGGGCUUCGCCUGGGCGUGAAGGGAGCCGGGGCGCAGGAGGGGCCAGGCGAGGCGGCAGGAAUGCGAGUGGGAGAGCGGCCGGGCAAGUAGCGACAGCUCCCGGCAUCGCGGAUCCCACACGCGGCUCGGGCGGGGAGCGGAGCCCCGGCUCGGGGCUGGCGGCCGGAAUGGGGCUCCGCACGGCUCGGCCCCUCUGAGAGCCCGAGCGGGAGUGCCGGGGGCGGCACGGGGAGCUCGGCUCCGGAGCGGAGCGGCUGCGGUUCCCCCCGCGGGUAAUGCCCGGCCGGGCCCGCACGAGGUGCUGAGGAUCCCGGGGGACCGAGGAGCAGCGAUGACCCCCGAGAAGGUGCUGAGGGAGGGGGUGCUGGAGAAGCGGAGCGGGGGGCUGCUGCAGCUCUGGAAGAAGAAGCGGUGCCUGCUGACGGAGAAGGGGCUGCAGCUCUUCGAGCCCAAGGGCUCGCGGCGCAAGGAGCUGAGCUUCGCCCGCAUGAAGGCCGUGGAGUGCGUGGAGUGGAAGGAGCGGCACAUUUACUUCACGGUGGUGAUGGACGACAGCCUGGAGAUCGACUUUCGCUGCGCCCAGGAGGACCCAGGCUGGAACGCCGAGAUCACCAUGGGGCUGGUGCGCUUCAAGAACCAGCAGGCGAUGCAGGAGUGGUGCAGCUGGACACAGCCCCGGGGGGACAGCCCAGGGAAUCGCAGCUUCCCAGGAGUCGGCUGGAGAUGGCCCUCGGCUCGGCAGGUGCUGGGGAGAACGGGAUCCCUGCGGGCAAAUGAGGUCACCGCUGUGCAGCCCGGGGACCAGGACAGGCCGGCGCUGGCGCUGGCUCUCCCCGUGCCGGGGCAGGACAGAGGCACCGCAGGAGCUGGGCUGGCACAGCCACCUCCCCUGGCACAGCAAGGGACACAGGCAGAGCCAGCCCCUGGCGCUUCAGACGAGGCAGAAGGUGACAUUCCUGCCUGGGCCCCCACCACCCUUCAUUCGGUUGACAUGUGCAGGACCUCGGUGCACUGGUGGGGACCCCAGGCCUCUCCUGCAGGACAGGGGAUGGAUGAGGCUGUGCCCGAAGGAUCCGUGCCACAGGGAGUUCUGCCUGAGCGACAGUGACACGGGGACAGAUGGAUGUGGUCGGGUCCCAGUUUUAAAAAGGGACUGGAGAUGUGCUGCUGCAGCAGGGACCCCUCAACAGGGCACUGAACCUGGCAUGGUGACACAGCCGUGCUGCUGGACAUCAUCUCACCCUGGGAUGUCCUUGGGCUGUUGGGGAAUGCUGGGGACCUCAAUUCCCUGUACCAAAAGUGUCCCUAAACAGGACUUCCAGCCUCUUAACCUGAUGUUGCUUUGAUUUGUGGGACCCCACAGGGCACAGGAGGGCACAAAUCCUGCACAGAGCUUUGCCAGUCACCCUAAACCAGGAUCCCUAAACCAGCAUCCCCCAGUCAGGCUCCAAAGCCCCCCACUCGUCACCGCUCCCGCUGUGCCCGUGUCCGCAGGGGUUCCCAC